AUGGGGUCCCCAGGCCUGCCGCCCUGUCCGCAGGUAAGGGGGAGCGAGGGCUCCAGGGAACUCGGGGAGCGACGCCCCCAGGAGCGGUGGGCGCGGAGAGGUCUGAGGAAGGAGUCCGGGGACGGCGUGUGGCGGCGCUGCUUCGGACUCCGUGCUCUCGGGUCCCCGCUGCCCGCCCAAGACCCCCCCCUCCCCCCGUUGGAUGUCAGGUUCCGGGCCGGAGCUCCUGGGAAUAGGCGCCCGGCUUUGGCCGACAAGGAGACCUUGAGCCGGGACUUUUUCCUCACUUGGGGGAAAACUGUCAAUUCAUUUCUCCUUUAUGGUACCACAGCAAAACGGGAAUUCUUCUGGCUUUAUGCUGACUUUCUACCUUCCGGUGCUGGGAACCCCGAUAAGGUGACCUUCCGUGAUGUGGCCUUGAACUUCUCCCAGGAUGAGUGGCCAUGCCUGGACGCCUCUGAGAGGAAGCUCUACAGAGAUGUGAUGCUGGAGACUUAUGAGAACCUGCAGGCUAUAGGGCAUUGCAGAGUGAAGCCGAAGCUGAUCUCCUGGUUGGAAGAAGGAGCCCUGGAGAGGCUACAGAGAGACGUGUUUGGUGCAGAACCAAAGCCAGAAAUUUAUCCAUGCUCCUUCUGCUCUGUGGCUUUCUCCAGUCAGAACUUUCUCAGUCAUCACAUGAAACUUAGACAUCCCUCUGAGAUCCCCCGAGGAACAGCUGCAAGAAAGCACCCUCAGUCAGAGAACUAUUGUUCGUUUGAUCAGAAUCAAUGGCAGCAACAUUAUGACCUGUAUAAUGACAAAGUUGACGAACCAAGGAAUGACAUACUUGAAAAUCAAAGGCACAAAGAAAACGGUAUACCUUUGGUUAAGAAGAUAAGGCAUAAAAGAAUUUCAGCAACCAUAUCUAGACUAUAUCACAGGAAAAGAGGGAGCUCUAAUAAACAUGAGAUGGCAGUGGAGGAAGAAAUUCCCAUGGGGCUGAAAGAAAAUCCAACGGACACAGGUAAAGUAGUUGCAAGAAAAAGAGUGCCAAGAAUUUUAAGAGACAAGUAUGUAAGGCCUGGGAAAGGCUUCAGUGAAGGAUCAAAUCUCAUCACACACCAGAGUACACACUUAGAGAAAACUCAUGUUUGCAUGGAGUGUGGAAAAAGCUUCAGUUUGUUUUCAAAUCUCAUCAGACACCAGAGAACACACACAGGAGAGAAACCAUAUGUUUGCAGAGGGUGUGGGCGAGGCUUCAGUGAGAAGGCAAAUCUCAUCAGACACCAGAGUAUACACACAGGGGAGAAGCCUCAUAUUUGCAGGGACUGUGGGCGAGGCUUCAUUCACAAGUGUCAUCUUAUCAGACACCAGAGGACACACACAGGAGAAAAACCCUAUGUUUGCAGUGAAUGUGAGCGAGGUUUUAGUCGGCUGUGUGUUCUCCUCAAACACCAGAGAACACACACAGGGGAGAAGCCAUAUGUUUGCAGAGAAUGUGGUCGAUGCUUUAAUCAAGCGUCAAAUCUCAUCACACACCUGAAGACACACACAGGGGAGAAGCCCCAUGUUUGCAGGGAGUGUGGGCGAGGCUUUAGUCACAAGUCUCAUCUCAUCAGACACCAGAGGACACACACAGAGGAAAAGCCUUAUGUUUGCAGUGAAUGA